AUGGAAUAUCAGAAUAGACAAAUUGUUCUAGAUCACCUCAUAUGUUCAGGGUUCUGUCCAAACUACUUGAAAUGGGUAUAUCAUGGGGACGACACAACAGUUGCAUCAACAAGCACAACCCAUAACGAAGAAGAAAGCAUAUUUCACCAUGAAAUGCAUGAAAUGUUGAAUGAUAUUUUUGAGAUGGAAGGUGGAAGGGGAGAGGAAAUACAUGAGAAUGCCUUAAAUAAUAGUCAAGAGAUGGGAAAUGGGAGAAAUAAAUUCGAUGACCUUAUGAAGGAGGCUGAAGAGAAAGUGUAUCCGAAUUGCAAAUACAACAAAUUAUCAUGUGUGGUGUAUUUGUACCAUUUAAAGUGUCUUGGUGGUUGGAGAUAUGAAAAAAUUCAUUCAUGUCCUAAUGGUUGCAUGUUGUUUUGGGAUGACAAGGAGAAAGAUGAAGUUUGUUCCUUUUGUGGGUCUUCUAGGUGGGAAGUUCAUGAAGCUAAUCCAGAACAAGAAGUGAGCCCUCCCAAGAAAAAGGCAUCAAAAAUAUUGCGGUGGUUUCCUCUAAAGCCUAGACUUCAGAGAUUGUUUAUGUCAUCAAAGACAUCUAAUUUUAUGAAGUGGCAUCAUGUGGAUCGUGUAAAAGAUGGAAAGUUGCGACACCCAGCAGAUGCAUUAAAUUGGAAAGAUUUUGAUGAAAAGUUUCCAGAAUUUGCUCGUGAUCCCCGUAAUGUUCGCCUAGCUUUGUCGAGUGAUGGUUUCAACCCGUUUAGGACAAUGAAUGUGGCACACAGUAUUUGGCCAGUUUUUCUUAUUCCAUACAACUUGCCUCCAUGGUUGGUUAUGAAGCAACAAAAUUUCAUUCUUUCUUUAAUCAUUCCGGGUCCAAAAAGUCCUGGAAACAAAAUAGACGUGUAUAUGCAACCUCUGAUUAAAGAGUUGAAGGAGUUAUGGGAGGAUGGAGUUAAUACAUUUGAUGCAUCAACGAAACAACACUUCCAGUUGAAGGCUGCUCUUAUUUCUACCAUAUCAGAUUUUCCAGGUUAUGCCAAUCUGUCAGGAUGGAGCACUAAAGGAGAACUUGCAUGUCCUAUAUGUGGUUUUGAUACUGAUUCCAAAUGGCUAACCAAUGGAAGAAAGUGGUGUUAUAUGUGUCAUAGGAGGUGGCUUCCAGUUGACCAUCGUUGGCGUUUAGACACUAGAUCAUUUCUUGGACGCCACGAAUUAAGAGUAGCUCCAGUUCCUUCUUCUGGAAAGGAGAUUCUACAAAAACUAGAAAAUACAAAAUUUCUUGUUGACAAUGUUAAUGGCGGUCCAUGGAAAAAGAAAAGUAUUUUUUUUAUGUUGCAAUAUUGGGAACAUUUGCUUUUACGUCACAAUCUUGAUCCGAUGCACAUUGAAAAAAAUGUGCAAGACAACAUAGUGGGGACAGUAUUAGGACAAGAAAAAAAGUCCAAAGAUAACUAUAAAACAAGGCUUGACUUACAAGAAUUAGGUAUGAGAAAGGAAUAG